AUGUGUGAGAUAUUAUCAGCUGGCGCCAGUGAAUCCAAAGGAAACUCUUCUCCAAGAAAGUGCACCAACACCGAUCGCAUCAGUGCAUUGCCGGAUCAUAUUCGUCAUUCCAUUACCUCAUUACUGAGUAUAAAGGAUGCCAUACGCACUAGCACAUUAUCCCACAAAUGGAGAAGAACCUAUGCUUACAAGUCAAGCCUCGAGUUUAAUUGGCAUGACUUAAUUCCAAACCCGGCCAACGAAGCUCCUUUAGGAACAGUUUUAAGGGCAAAUGUGAAGCAGUUCCAAGAAAAAAUAGAUAAAUUCAUAUCAUGUUAUUUGGGGACGAAGAUUGAAUCGUUCAAGGUUCACUGUCAAUUUGGAAGUAGGCAUGCGCUUAAAAUCAACGGCUGGGUGGACUUUGCUGUUUCAAAGGAUGUUGAAGAUCUUGACCUAGCUUUUACUUGUGAUGAGGUGCUCUCUAAACGUACUAAUGAUGUUUGGGAAGCCAUAGACUACUAUGAUUUCCCUACUCAUAUGCUUUUGAGUGGUGAAGAACCAAAAUUUAUCAGGCAUCUGUCCUUGCGGACGUGCACCCUCCGGUCAGAUAUUUUUACCAGACGGUUUAACGCCCUAACAAAUCUUGUGCUGUCGGAUUGUAAGUUCAUCGGAGGUGUAGAGCCGCUUGACUUUUUAUCUGGGCCAAACCUUGAGUUUCUGAAACUGGACUACUGUAAGGGAUUGGGAAGUCUACUGCGCUUUGACUCACUUCACCGUUUGAAGACCCUAACGGUGACCAUGUGUGACGGCUUGAAGAGGAUUGAGGUAACCAAUGCCCCCAGUCUCACCUUUUUUCGUUGUCACGGCGAUGGAAAUGUAAAGCUCACUUUGGAUGUGGUUCCCAAUUUGCAAGAAAUGUAUGUUGUUUUGGACGGAAUCGAUGUGAUUGAAAGCUUUCUUAAGUUGGAGAGAGAAGUUCCUCAUGUCCCUUUCCUUGGAGUUGGCAAACCUAUGCACAACUACCUUCGACCGGUUUAG